UAGUUUUCAUUUCCAGAGGGAAGUAAUAAUGUGUUGCACACAAACAGCUGAAGUUUAUUUAGUUUAAUCAUCCACAUGUGAGACGCUUAAUCAACACGAAGGACGUUUUUCUUAUUCAUUUAAAAAUACAUUUAAAUUUGUGUUUGUUUUUCUUGACUUCAACAACAAUGUAUCUUCCAUUUUUUCGAACUUUUUCUGGAGUAACAGCAAAGACACAUUUGGCGUCAGUAAGGUCCUUCUGCGCCUCUAAACAAGGUGAGGAGCAGGUCGUGGUCUCCGAGCGAAGGGCUUCUGUGGUAAGCAUGGCAAUAAACCGCCCUGAGGUGCGUAAUGCGGUCAACCAGGAGACAGCGAAGCGUCUGCUGGAGGAGCUGGAGGCCUUUGAGCAAGAUCCAACCUUGAAUGUGGCUGUCCUGCACGGGAUCGGAGGGAACUUCUGCGCUGGUUAUGAUCUAAAGGAGCUGGCCAAUCACACAGCCACGCUCAAAUUGGAGCAAGAUGUCACCAAGGCUCCUGGGCCAAUGGGUCCCUCCCGUUUGGAGUUCUCUAAACCGUUGAUCGCAGCAGUCAGUGGUUUUGCCGUGGCUGGAGGACUGGAACUGGCCCUGCUGGCCGACCUCAGGGUGAUGGAGGAAAACGCUGUCAUGGGGGUGUUCUGCCGCAGGUUUGGAGUUCCACUGAUCGACGGAGGUACAGUGAGACUCCCUCGGCUCAUUGGUCUGUCCAGAGCUCUGGACCUGAUUCUGACCGGGCGGCCUAUCGGAGCACAGGAAGCGCUGGCGUAUGGGCUGGCUAACAGAGUUGUCCCUGAUGGCCAAGGAUUACAGGCGGCCCUGCAGCUUGCCGAGCAGAUUAGCUCCUUCCCGCAGCAGUGCAUGAGAUCUGACCGCUCCUCGGCCAUCUACAGCUGCUACGACGCACCCUCCUUCACGCAGGCCAUGCAGUAUGAAAUGGACCACGGAGCGCCAGUCAUUUUGUCUGAAGCCAUCGCUGGGGCAGCUAAAUUCACUACCGGAGCUGGAAGAGGAGGGACAUUUUCAUAAGCUUAUUUAUUUUAUUAUGUGACACACAAAUCACCUUUUAUUCUAAAGUAGCAGAAAGCUUACCCUUGAUUUUCUCAGGAUGCUGGUAGGGAAAUGCCUGUAUAUUCUUCUUAAAUUUUGGACCUUCAGAUUUUGCAUGUUCUCAUCCAUUUAUGUCAACGUGUUGAAAGUCCAUCCGAAAAUCAUUGACAAGUUGACUUCAUGUCCGUCUCCGCCCAUUAGGACGUGUUAAAUACUGUUAAAUACGAUCCGGAUUAAAGACGGACAAUUUUAUAUGGAAAAUAAACCAAAUAAUUGAUUUUGUUUGUGCAUGACUUCCUGUCUAACACAAGCAGAUUUUAGCUAAAUUGAACAUCCGUGUUGAAGGGUGACCGUUAAAAAUAGAAGCCCUGCAUAUAUGUAGUGCAGCGGCAUGGCAGUGACGUUCCGCAGUUGGUGGAAAUGGUCACAUUAGGUUUGGAGGAUAUGGACCAAAACUAAUACCGUGGUAUUUUUAGUCCGAAUGGCGGUAUACGGUAUCUACCUGUAUCUUAAAAAAAUGUGUUUAAGUGUGCCUUAGCUGGAUGACAAUUGUUGAGAGUACUCAGAUGAUUUUUGUUGAAAGUAGUACUGUGUUGUUUAUUCUUCCAGUAAUUAGCUAGCGUUACUAUGUCUCAGCAGUUUUUUCAUUUGGUUCAUUAACAUUAGGUCUAUAGCAUCACGCUUGUGCGCAGGGAUAGAUUGAGCUUCUACUUGUUUACUGCGGUGUAAGCAGCUGGCUGUUAAGUUUGAAACUAAUUUUUAGCCACCCAGCCGAGUCCGCCGCCGUGUCAAUGACAUUUCCCAGCCAUUUCGCAUCCUGUGGAAAUCAGGGGUUAGUCUAGGCCAGGCUAUAGUAUUCAAUAGAUGCCCUAAUUUGUCAUCAUUAUUGUAUUGACCCAAAUACAAGACAACAGUGAUGGUCACAGUGAAUGACAGCUCUGACUUGUUCAGGCAGAAAUGUUGGUUGGUUUGCGUAUGUCCUUUAAAUCUGUAGACCCCGAAGAUAAGACAAUUUGACAUCUUUUAGUUUUCUAGUGAAAAUACUGUAGUGUUUUAUAUUUAGGUCGACAGUGACUUUCUGUACUAGUAAUAUGCCAAUGUUGAAGGGGAACUGCCCUUUUUAAAAUGUAUUUUGCCUAUCGUACACAAUCUCUAUGAAAGACAUGACAAUGGAUGGAUUAAAAAAAAGUAUCGUAAAUACAAGUUUGUAAUAAAUAAAUGUAAAUAAUAUCCAUCCAUCCAUUUUCUACAGCUUGUCCCUUUUGGGGUCGCAGGGGGUGCUGGAGCCUAUCUCAACUGCUUUCGGGCGGAAGGUAGGGUACACCCUGGACAAGUCGCCACUCCAUCGCAGGGCCAUCACAGAUAGACUGACAACAUUCACACUCACAUUCACACACUAGGGACCAUUUAGUGUUGCCAAUCAACCUAUCCCCAGGUGCAUGUUUUUAGAGGUGGGAGGAAGCCGGAGUACCCGGUGAGAACCCACAUGCGAAGCCAAUGGGAGCUCCACUAUUCCGCCCAUAAAAUCCAACAAACAUUCAGAAAGCGCCAACAAUACUCAACUUACCUUUCGUGACUUAGAUAUUAACCAAGUAUUAGAGAUAUUAUUGUAAAUGCUAAGGCAGACAAACUAUUCUGAGCAGCGUCGUGAUCACUUCCGGGUGUUUCUAUGUUUACAUCAUCGAAUCGUUUACUGUUUCCUUGCCUCGCUGUAAGUUUAUUCUAAAUCAUAAAUCAUGCAACUCGCCUGGAAAGUAGAUGGCUGAAGAUAUAAACGGACAAAUUGGGACACUUUGAUAGCCGUUUAGGACCUGGAACUGGCAAGGACAACGCGAAAAGCACUUGUUCCCCCACCCCAUUUCUUCACAAGGAUUAUGAGACAUUAUUCAUCUAAAUGGGAACAUAUGAACAUCCCAGCAGUCAGUAUCGUAAUGACGGCAGACCUUGCAUUUUCAGUUAUGGUUUGUUAUGUUUGUUGGCUCUCCUAAAGUCUGCAGGGAGCAGAAAUCAGUGAUGGGAAAAAAAGCAAACGUCAUGAUGUGUUUCUGUAUGCUUAAAAUUAUCAAAAUACGUAAAUAUAAAAUUUUGUUACAAAUAUGCCCAUUUUACAUCCAUACAUACUUACAUUAUGUAUAUUAAACCCUAAUGGAGGUGUUUGGAUGUUUUUUUAGGGCUCUACAAGCAGAAUUGAACGACUCCCAUAGGCUCCAUUGUAAUCUGACUUUUGAUUGCUUUUGUUUAAUAUUUAGAAUGCAUUAAAAAAUACGUCUGUCGUCAUGUCUUUCAUAAUGAUUGUGAAUGAUAUGCGAAAUUCCCCGGAUAGUGCAGUUCCCAUUUAUUGUGCCGAAGAGUGAAAAAUAAACGUUAAUUUAAACUGGUGCUUUCAAACGACUCAUUCGAGUUAUCAGACUUUUGAGUUUUGAUUAGAGGCUUCCCCACCAAAUUGUAACUUUUUAUUUUUUACUAGACGGGGCAGAAGAGGAGGUGGGACUAUAUAAAUUUUAAUAGCUUACUGACCUCAAAUAACGUUUCUUUUAACAACACUUACACUCCAAUUGAGAAGCACGCCUUUGUUUUUAGCAGCACCACCAUUCUGUGUUUAACUGUUAAUAGACCACCCCCCCGACACUCAAGCUCUCUUAUCAGUGAAUUUACUGAACUUUUUUGAUUCAUCCACACCUCCUAUAACAGGAUUUUAAUAACUGGUGAUUUUUAUUUACAUGUUGAUGACUCAGAUUUGAUAUCCAGAGAGUUUUUAAAAGUUCUGUUUGAUUUUAAGCAGCACGUCACACAGCCGACUCACAACAGGGGACACACCCUGGAUGGACCUGGUCAUAAGACAUGGCCUGUCCACUGGCAUGUCUUUUGUUGUUGACCUGGCUGUGUCUGCCCACUACUGUGUGUUUUUUUAAUAUACCCAGUUAGGGCUGGGGCAUAUAUCGAAUAUACUCGAUAUAUCGUGGGUUUGUCUCUGUCCAGUAGAAAAUUACUAUAUCAUGAUAUUCGGGUAUACAUUCUCACGCAGUUGCUUUUAGCUGCGGGCAUUACACUACAUGCUCUUCCCACUCCUUGUGUCUCCUUCUCACAGACGUAAAACAAGCGCACCUUCUUACAUACGUCACAUGCUGUCGCGCGUGCAACCUCAUAUGCUCUCGCAGAGCAGAGAGGUAGUAGUAGGACUGGGCGAUAUAUCGAUAUACACGAUAUAUCGCGGGUUUGUCUCUGUGCGAUAUAGAAAAUGACUAUAUCGUGAUAUUCGAGUAUACGUUCUCACGCAGUUGCUUUUAGCUGCGGGCAUUACUCUACAGGCUCUCCUCGCCCUAUGCGACAACUUUGCAGACCACUUUUGAACCAAUAUCAAAGACAUCAGCUCUGGUCUCCAAGCCCAAAAAGUUUGAUUUAAUGACACACCUGAUCUGUUGUCGUUGCCUGAGGAAACACUGGAGAGUUUUGUUCUGGUAGAUGGAAGGACACUGUCGAGUUUUCUACCAAGUAAACCCAACAUCCUGCCUUUUAGAUCCAAUUCUCACAUAACCUUUUAUAUAAUUUUAUGGAUUUUAAUUGACCAACUUUUAACUAUUAUGAACUGAUGUCUUCAGACAGGGGACUUCCCUGGCAGUGGGGCCCCAUCUGAAGGAGAGCAGUUUUGACCCAAACAUUUUUUAAUAACGACUGACCUGUAUUUGACUUACAGUUUUUAGGUACAAUUUUAGAAAAACUGGUUUCAACCAGGUCAAUGAGUUUUUGAAUAUGAAUACCAUUUUAGAAAGACAUCAGUCUGGUUUUAGGAUGAACCACAGUACUGAGACAGCACUUUUAAAGAUUUUAAAUGACAUCAGGUGGAAUUUAGGUAAUACAAGUCUGACAGUGUUGGUUUUGCUGGAUCUAAGCGCUGCUUUUGAUACAGUAAACCAUCCCAUUUUUUUUUAUUACCGUAAAUAGACCAAGACACCUUGUGGGCCUCUCUGGUAUUGUUUUAACUGGUUCUGCUCCGGGCUUCACUGUGGUAGAGGGGUUAGUGCGUCUGCCUCACAAUACGAAGGUCCUGAGUAGUCCUGGGUUCAAUCCCUGGUUUGUGAUCUUUCUGUUUGGGGUUUGCAUGUUCUCCCCGUGAAUGCGUGGGUUCCCUCCGGGUACUCUGGCUUCCUCCCACUUCCAAAGACAUGCACCUGUGGAUAGGUUGAUUGGCAACACUAAAUGGGCCCUAGUGUGUGAAUGUGAGUGUGAAUGUAGUCUGUCUAUCUGUGCUGGCCCUGUGAUGAGGUGGCGACUUGUCCAUGGUGUGUCCACCCGAUUGUAGCUGAGAUAGCCCCCCCCCCCCCCGACUUUCCUAUGUAAUAACAAUGGUUCUGCCUUAGAAACUUUUCAUAGGAUUUUAUUAUGUAAGGGGGACCAUUGACAUGCACCUGGGGAUAGGUUGAUUGGCAACACUAAAUUGGCCCUAGUGUGUGAAUGUGAGUGUGAAUGUAGUCUGUCUAUCUGUGUUGGCCCUGCGAUGAGGUGGCGACUUGUCCAGGGUGUACCCCGCCUUCCGCCCGAUUGUAGCUGAGAUAGGCGCCAGCGCCCCCCGCGACCCCAAAAAAGGAAUAAGUGGUAGAAAAUGGAUGGAUGGAUGGAUACCAUUGACCAUUGUGAAACCCGAAUAAAGAAGGGCUGCAUGUUC